CUCUCCGUGCAUCCUUCUCUUCUUCUUUUUCAGCUUAUUUCUUCCCAGUUCGCAGGCAUUACAGUGGCAACUGUGGAUGGACACGCAGGAGUGGGCUGCUGCCCACCAAGUCUGACUGUGUUUUGGAGGUGUUGAGAAGGGAAAAGAACAUGUAGAGUCCGCAGGCUUCCCCGCAGAUCUUCUCGGAUUCACAGCCAACAUGCAGAAAGGGAUGAGACUCAAUGACGGCCACAUCACCUAUCUGGCUCUUUUGGCUAAGAAGGAUGGGACGAGGCGAGGUUGCCUGAGUAAGAAAAGCUCAGACAACACAAAAUGGCAUUCAAAGUGGUUCGCUUUGUUGCAGAACAUGUUAUUUUAUUUCGAGAACGACUCCAGCUCACGCCCCUCCGGACUGUACCUGUUGGAGGGAUGUGUGUGUGACAGGGCACCGUCACCCAAACCAUCUCUCUCCGCGAAGGAAUGCUUAGAGAAGCAGUACUACUUUACCGUCACGUUCAAUCAUGACAACCAGAAGUCUUUGGAGCUGCGCUCGGAGGACGUCAAGGACUGUGAUGAGUGGGUGGCAGCCAUCACACAGGCCAGUUACAGGAACCUGGCUACAGAGCAUGAGACCCUCAUGCAGAAGUAUCUCCAUCUACUCCAAAUAGUGGAGACGGAGAAAACGGUUGCCAAGCAACUUCGACAACAGAUAGAGGAUGGGGAAAUCGAGAUAGAGCGGCUAAAAUCGGAGAUUGCUGGACUGCUCAAGGAUAAUGAAAAGAUCCAGUCUAAUCCAGAGGUACCUCCCAGUGAAGAUGACUUGGAGAUCAAGAAAAUCAAAAAGGUCCAGAGUUUCCUGCGAGGUUGGAUUUGCCGCAGGAAGUGGAAAACCAUCAUCCAGGACUACAUCCGUUCACCUCACGCUGAGAGCAUGAGGAAAAGGAACCAGGUGGUGUUUAGCAUGCUGGAAGCAGAAGCCGAAUACGUCCAGCAACUCCACAUCCUGGUCAACAACUUCCUCCGGCCGCUCCGCAUGGCCGCCAGCUCCAAGAAGCCGCCCAUCACCCACGACGAUGUCAGCAGCAUCUUCCUUAACAGUGAGACCAUCAUGUUCCUCCAUCAGAUCUUCUACCAGGGUCUGAAGGCACGGAUAGCCAGCUGGCCCACUCUGGUGCUGGCUGACCUGUUCGACAUCUUGCUGCCCAUGCUGAACAUCUACCAGGAGUUUGUGAGGAACCACCAGUACAGCCUGCAGAUCCUGGCCCACUGCAAACAGAACCGAGAUUUUGACAAGCUGCUGAAGCAGUACGAGGCCAAGCCCGACUGUGAGGAGAGGACGCUGGAGACCUUUCUCACUUACCCCAUGUUUCAGAUCCCUCGUUACAUCCUGACGCUGCACGAGCUACUGGCUCACACCCCCCAUGAGCACGUGGAGAGAAACAGUCUGGACUACGCUAAAUCUAAACUGGAGGAACUCUCCAGAAUCAUGCAUGACGAGGUGAGCGAGACGGAGAACAUCAGGAAGAACCUGGCUAUUGAGCGGAUGAUUGUAGAGGGCUGUGAAGUGCUCCUGGACACCAGUCAGACAUUUGUUAGACAAGGUUCCCUGAUCCAGGUGCCGAUGAGCGAGAAAGGGAAGAUCACGAGAGGCCGCCUGGGCUCUCUGUCUCUGAAGAAAGAAGGAGAGAGACAAUGUUUCCUCUUCUCCAAACAUCUCAUCAUCUGUACCCGCGGCUCCGGGGGGAAACUUCACAUCACUAAGAAUGGAGUUUCCUCUCUCAUAGACUGCACACUGAUGGAGGAGCCGGAGGGGACGGAUGAUGAAACCAAAGUGGAGCGGAGUGGUAUGGACACAGAGAACCUGGACUUCAAAGUGAUGGUGGAGCCCAAAGACGUCCAGCCUUACACCGUCAUCCUGGUGGCUUCAUCCCGACAGGAGAAGUCAGCGUGGACGAGCGACAUCUGCCAGUGCAUUGACAACAUCCGCUGCAACGGUCUGAUGAUGAACGCCUUCGAGGAAAACAGUAAAGUCACCGUGCCUCAGAUGAUUAAGUCGGACACCAGCUUGUACUGCGACGAUGUGGACAUCCGCUUCAGCAAGAUGAUGAACUCCUGCAAGGUGCUGCAGAUCCGCUAUGCCAGCGUGGAACGAUUGUUGGAGAGGCUCACCGACCUGCGCUUCCUCUCCAUCGACUUCCUGAACACCUUCCUCCACUCGUACCGCGUCUUCACCAGCGCUGACGUGGUGCUGGAGAAGCUCAUCACCAUCUACAAGAAGCCCAUCAGCGCCAUCCCCGCACGUUCUUUGGAGCUUUUCUUUGCCAGCAGCCAGAGCAACAAACUCCUGUACGGCGAGCCACCCACGUCGCCGCGUGCCAGCCGCAAGUUCUCCUCCCCUCCCCCCCUCGCCAUCACCAAGACGUCCUCGCCAAACCGCCGACGCAAGCUUUCGCUCAACAUCCCCAUCAUCACGGGGGGCAAAGCCCUGGACCUGGCUGCUCUCAACUGUUCUCCCAAUGGCUAUGCAAGCAUGCACUCCACCAUGUCACCUUUCAGCAAGACCACCCUUGACAUCAACAAGCUUUACGUGUCCAGCACCAAGGCCAGCAAAAUCCCCGAUGAGGGAGAGACCAAAGCUGAAGGCAAGGCUGAGGAGACCGUCCUCAACAAGCAAGAUCUGUCUGUGAGAGAGGAAUGUAAUGAGGACCCAAGUCAGAGUGAGGAAACAGAGGCGGAGAUGUCUCCUCCCAAAUCACCAUCGACACCCAAGAAUGUCAAGUCAAAAAACUCUGAGUUUUCCCUGUUUUCCUUCAACAAUGGCAUGGUGGUGUCAUCUUGCCGGGAGCUGGACAAUAACCGCAGUGCCCUUUCUGCCGCCUCGGCCUUCGCCAUCGCCACCGCUGGUGCCAACGAGGGCACGCCAACCAAGGAGAAGUACCGUCGGAUGUCGCUCGCCAGCACAGGUUUUCCUACAGACCAGAGGAAUGGAGACAAAGAGUUUGUUAUCAGAAGAGCGGCCACUAACAGAGUGCUGAACGUUCUGCGUCACUGGGUCUCCAAACACUCGCAGGACUUUGAGCUGAACACAGAGCUGAAGACGCGGGUAAUCAGCUUCCUGGAGGAGGUGAUCCACGACCCAGAGCUCCUCACACAGGAAAGAAAGGCAGCUGCCAACAUCAUCAGGACUCUCACUCAGGAGGAUCCAGGAGAUAACCAGGUCACACUGGAAGAGAUCACACAGAUGGCACAGGAGGACUGUAAAACUGAGCCUUUUGAGAGCCACUCGGCCCUGGAGAUAGCUGAGCAACUCACACUGCUGGACCACCUGGUCUUCAAGGUCAUCCCAUACGAGGAGUUCUUUGGUCAAGGCUGGAUGAAGAACGACAAGAACGAGAGAACUCCCUACAUUAUGAAAACUACCAAGCAUUUCAAUGAUAUCAGCAACAAGAUCGCGACCGAGAUCCUGCAGUGGGACGAUGUCAACCUGAGAGCGGCGGUGAUCGAGAAAUGGGUCGCAGUGGCAGACAUCUGUCGCUGCCUCCACAACUACAACGCCAUGCUGGAGAUCACAUCCUCCCUAAACCGCAGCUCCGUCUUCCGCCUCAAGAAGACCUGGCUCAAAGUCUCCAAGCAGACGAAGACCGUGAUCGACAAGUUACAGAAGCUGGUGUCAUCAGAGGGACGAUUCAAAAACCUGAGAGAAGCUCUGAAGAACUGCGACCCUCCCUGUGUUCCCUACCUGGGAAUGUACCUGACCGACCUGGCCUUCAUCGAGGAGGGAACACCCAACUACACCGAGGACAGCCUGGUUAACUUCUCCAAGAUGAGAAUGAUAUCUCACAUUAUCAGAGAAAUACGGCAAUUUCAGCAAACGGCUUACAAGAUUGAUUAUCAACCAAAGGUUGCAAAGUACCUGCUGGACAGCAGUACGACACUGGAUGAGGAGAGCCUGUAUGACGCAUCUCUAAGAAUCGAGCCCAAAACUUCAACAUGAAGAGGAUCGCACACCCCCACCCCUCCUAUGGAUCACAUUUAAGUUAUUAUGAUAUGCACAACAAUUACAGAGACAUUGGCAAAGAACAUAUUAUAACUCUAUAUUCGCAAUGAGAAUUUUAGAAUAAUGGGAUUUUAAGACGUAUAAUAAGUCGCAGAAGUUACAAUACAACACAAUUCAACAUGAAUAAACUAAAUAAAAGUAUAUAAAAGGUAAAUUGAGAGUAGUAAUGAGCUCAAGAGUUCAAAAAGGCUGUUGGAUGAAACUGAUCCUUAUCUUCAGGGUGGGGGACUGGGUGGGUUGGGGUCUCUGAUAAUCCUGUUGGCCUUCUUCCUGCACCGCUGGGUGUCGACUUCCUCCAUGGGUGGCAUCUAUAUCCUCGUGAUGUGCUGAGCAGUUUUCAUCACCCUCUUUGAUGCUUUACAGAUAAAGGCAGUGCCAAUGCAGUACCAGGCGGUGAUGCAGCCAGUGUAGUGAAGUGUACAGGAACAAUAUAUCAUAAUGUACAUAAACUAUUAUUUGUAUUAGACACAGUAGGCUGUGCCCUUCUAGUAUGUGCUCCCCAAUGGACUUGUUGUGUAUAAUCGUUAUUAGAGACUGAGUAGAAGCCCAGAGAGGUUUUAUUUAUAGUUACAGAGUAUUUAUGUUAUUUCUUGUCUUGAAAACCAUUUUAUGAUACAUUAAUUUUCAACCACAGAAUAAACAGAUGAGAGUAUAUACAGAAAAUAUAUUUAGUCAUAUCCUAUUGUCUCGUUUAUGAGAGAUGAUGGUCACAUUUGACACAUGAUGAUCAACUCCCAAUUUUGCUCAGGUGUCAAAGUCAAAGAGAGAAACAUAAGUGCAGUUGUCUUUAAACAAGUCCCCAUACAAACAUAUUGCUUUUCCUCAAGUGCCAUUUUAAUAAUAAUACAAAUAUCUGCCAAUCCACUUGCUACAUUACAAUUACAUAAAAGUUGUGUAAUCCUUACGAUUUCAGUCCUGGGCGAUUUGAAACAGAGAUGACGGAUUGCACCACCAAACCUGAAAACUAUCUUAUUACUGAAUGUAAAUCCAGUAAGUGCCAUGCCAAUUUCAGAAAGAAUGAUAAUCAUAAAUAUUAUACAACUCUGGAUUGAUAAAAAAAGAAACCUAAGGAUUCCAAUUUUAAAGACUUUAAAUAACGACGCUUUAAGAACUUUUCCUCUGAGACAAAUAAAGGGGGACUGCUGUGGUGGCGGAAGUUGACUCGUGUGCUUUUAUGUUUUAUGUAGCCACAGAAAGAUAAAGACAAGAGAUUUUUAAGUCAGACUGCGACAAGAAUACCUGCUAAUUUCUGAUUGAGCUAGAACAUGUUUUCAGUGUGGAGAGAUGGGUUUUUAUGCUUUGCUUAUUAUCACCUUAUUCCCCUGGUGGGCAACAUGAUGUAUAUACAGCAUAAGCACCGGGCAGAGUAUGUAGCAGAUGUAAUAUUGAGCCACUUCAGGAAGUUAAAUUCCCAGCUUCUACACUCAGACAGUAGUGUUUACAGUUAAUCCUCUUUGGCCAGUGCAUUAUAGUUUUGCCUUAAUCAUGAAAUAGAUUAUAUACACAAAAGUAUGUAAACUAUUUUGUUCUACGAUUUUCCAAUGAAGCAGAAAUAUUUGCUGUGUACAAUAUUGUGUACAGGCAGUCUGAUGCAUUUCCUAACGUGCAAUGUGUUAAAAAAACAUAUCCCUCGAAAUGUGUUAUCCUUAUGAUUGUUCAACUCUGUAAUAACUUUCCUGUGUAUGAUACUUUAAAGCAAAUGUUGAAAACAACUUAUAAGUGUAACACAUUCUGUAUCCUGUCUAUGUGUUAGCAGGAACUAUAGUUAUAUUGUGCUUAUUCUUGGAAUAUUUAUAGGUAUUUUUUACAGGCUUUGUAUAGAAAAACACCUAAAGCUUAAGUGGCAGGCAUGUACCACUUUCACGUGUUCAAAUGAAAUCUAUAUCUAGGACAGUUUGUGUACUGUAUUGAAACCCCACCCUUGCACAUGAAUCUUUACCCUCUAACAGGCACAUCCAAUGUUUGCAGUGAGCAAUACCCAGUGGUAUGAGAAUGAUCUUUCAGUCUAUUUCAACAGCUUGAGUAGUAUUUCCAGUUUUGUAUAAAAGUGUAUUCUUUCCUGAUUACCUCUUGUUAAUAAAUCUAUUCUUUCUCAGGGGGAGAAG